AUGGGUUGUUUCGGGAGCAAAGACAAGUUGAGCAAAGAAGAUAUGGACUUCCUCAAAUCGCAUACGCGAUAUGAUGAAGCGACUAUAAAGGAAUGGUACAAAGGUUUUAAACAAGACUGUCCUAAUGGCAGGUUAACGCCGGCGAAGUUUGUCGACAUGUACAAAAUGUUCUUCCCGUCCGGUAACGCGGAGGAAUUCUGCGAUCACGUGUUCCGCACAUUCGACAUGGACAAGAACGGCUACAUCGACUUUAAGGAAUUCCUAUUGGCGAUCGACGUAACGUCCAGCGGCACGCCGGAAGAAAAACUGAAAUGGGCGUUCCGCAUGUACGACGUUGACGGCAACGGCGUUAUCGAUAUGCAGGAAAUGACGAAGAUCGUCCAGGCGAUAUACGACAUGCUUGGCGCAUGUUCGAGCAAUAGGCCGGCAGACAGCGCGGAGGAAAGAGCGAAGAACAUAUUCGCGAAGAUGGACGAGAACAACGAUGGGCAGCUGACGCAGGAAGAAUUCCUGAAGGGCUGCCUCCAGGACGAGGAGCUAUCGAAGAUGCUCGCUCCUUAAUCCCGACGUCGCCGCACUUCCGCACGAGCCGUCGACGCGCAAUCGUAAAGGACACCACGCCCCACACCGACUCCCUCAUAGAACUCGACAGAAACGUCAAAACGCCGGCAACAAUAAGGCCACCACCGAAACGGACACUCACGCGAACACACCCGCAUCAUUUACA